AGUAUCCGUUCGAACGCGCCAACGAAGGAGUAGUGUGUGAACAGAGACGAAACCGACAACACAAGUGAACCUCUUCUACGGGCCCAAAGCAAGCUGCGAAAAAAGAGGCAACCAUUUUUCUCCAUCGUAUCGAAAACGAGAUUGUGCAGAUUUUCCGUUUUUUAAUUAUCGCGUUACGGCGCGUGUCGAGUCCGGAAAACGGUGUUCCAGUGUAGUGGAAAACGGUUCCACCUGGGAAUCGCCAGAAACUAGUGAAGGGGACCGAUUUUCGAAGUGAGGGGGAUAAAAGAAAUUUUUCUCCUCGAGUUUCGGCCGGACGCAAAGGAAGCAGGGAGCAAAACGCGUUCCUCUGGUCAGCCAAAAGAAGCGCCCAUCGCAAUAACAGCAGUAGCCCCACUGGGUGGAAGAGAAAAAAAAGGGCAUUCGAAGGGGGCCCCGUGUGUUUUCUAUCAAUCGAAUAUGGAAGUGUUUUGAUGUGAAUGCUGGAGUAGCCCUUACGGUAACCAUUCCUGCGCCAGAUCACCAGAGCACCCAAAAGUCUGGACUGAAACAGGAAGACACUUUCCAUUUCCAGAGUGGGAUUGUCGUGACGGAAUCCGGACUUGAGUUGCAAGGAGCAGCUUCAGUAUCAACUAUAGCACUCAAACCCUACAGCAGCAGGAAGACGAGAACAGAUCAUCGAGUUCUCUCUCCAUCAACACGGGAAGUAGCGAUUUCUACCUCCGCUAGGGACUCGAGGGCAUGUUUUCCACUUUCAUCGGACUAAUCGCAGUGCCCCGACAGGACAACAACCACAUCCACCAACGUCUCCCGGACUAGACAAACAGAGAAAAAGGAACAACGCUUCUGUUGACGGUGGAGGAAAUUUGCUUUGAAAAAUUGAUUUUCAGUUUUUCGAUUCCAUCCUCCUCUGCCAUUCACAGUUCACACAGCCACUAACACACCACCCAAAAUCCAAAAGUGAAGAACCGAUUGAUUCUCAUUUGCUCCUUCGUUCCCAAUCUUACCCGAUAUUAUACACCACUGAAAAAAAAUCCGAGCGGCGUGGAAUUGAUCAUAGAAACGUGUUGUUAUUCAUGAAUUUUAUAGAUAUUCAAUCAUGGUGGGAGGUGCCCUACAUUGCACACUUCUGUUCGUUGUUUAGUGGCUCCUUUCAGUUGCCGGAUUUCGACAUCGAGGAUCUGGAAGAAGCGCUUCUGACCGAUGUCGACACCGAGAGCGAGAUUGAUAUAAAAGUGUACACUCGUCUGCUGCCGGAUCUCAUCGUUGCUCUGUUGAAGGGUUGUGACGCGCUCAGCCAGAUCGUAUCACACAUCAGUCCGAGCAACUAUCAGAUGUUCCUGAGACGACUGUUUCGUCAAAAAUGUCAGGAAUAUAACAUCAAUAACCCUUUCAACGAGGAUACAGAUUUUGAAAAGCUGCCGCUUCGUACCAAGAUCUUGAUUUUAAAAUAUCUAUGUGACUUUCGCCUUGACUCAGUUGACGUAUACAGCAGCUUUGCAAAUCUUGAAGCUGACAGUUUACGCGUGGAACCAUUAGGCUACGAUAGUAAAGGAUCUGCCUACUGGUACUUUUUUGGCACUAGACUCUACCGUGAGGAUUUCGACGUUCCUUCCGGCAAGGGUAGCAAAUCGUCAAAGCGAUCCGUUUGGCAAGUGAUUUGCUUCACCGAGGAAGAUUGGAGUAAUUUAGCUGGCAAGUUCAAGCAUUCAAAAAACGAAAACGAGCGAGCAUUAUUGCUGCAGUUGGAGGAAAAUUUCCUUCCAAAUAUACCAAAAAUCUUCCGCGAUAAAGAACGCGAGCGAAGAAAGAAGCUACUAGAGCGCCGUACAUCAUCUCGCAUCAAAAUCUGCGAAGAACGCCGUCUGGCUGAAUUAUUCCGUCAGAAGGAAAUUGAAGAAGCCCACAACGCCCUGCUUAAAGAACAGCGUAGGCUUAAGGCAAAGUGCGAACCCAAACCGGAGGUCUGUCGAUCCCAUAAAGAAAGGCUAGCCGAAGACAGAGCUAAACGCGCCGAACGACGGUUAGAAACCAGAGAUAUUAAGUCAUUACAAAGCCAAACAAAUUAAACCAAACAAACACGCAAGAGAAGAGCAAAACGACACCAAAAUAUAACAUCUUCAGCGUCAUCCAAUCAAUCACUAGACCAACCUUGAUCUCUCGAAGCGCUAUCCCUCAAAUAGCGCCCCAAACAGAAUGCAAAAUUUGUCUUCAAAAGUCUAGAUUACAUGAGAGCCGUCCCGUGAUUGAAUAGAUGUUAUUUUGUAUCUUCUUCUAUCGUUAGUUGCUGUCACGUUCGAAUUCGGUCUCAAGUAUAGUAUCAACCUAUGCCAGCUCGCCAGAACCAGAACCUCUCACAAGUGAUUUUAUUUUUCAGCCAAAAGAAAACGAAAGUCAAUUUUUUAGUAAACAUUCUUCUGGCGGUAUAAAGCACACCGCAACCGUAAUCGUUAGUAAUCCACCAGCUUCCCCAUCUUCAGAGCUAGGUUCCGAGCCGACUUCUUGUGCAGACAUUGAUGUGUGCUCGGGCACUUUCAAGCACAACCCGGGGCAAGUGUUAGAAGAAAAUAACGAAGCAAACGACGACGAAGAAGAAGACGAAGAGGACAGUGCAAGUGUGAUAGUCGUUGAUCAGGUGAACAAUAAUUUUAUCGAAGUAGGAUCGAGUAUCAGUGUUGUUAGUGGUUCUACUACUACCAGCAGUGGAAUCAGCAGUCGUGAGCAACGUGAUAAGACACUUUCGCCACCUCCAACGCCCCCUCCACUGUCUUUGUUGCAACCAGUGGAAGAAACCUCACAGUCGGCGGAACCAGUGAAGCGAAGAUCCAAACUUAGUGCUGAGAUCGAAGGGUUGCUGCAAUACAACAGAAAUAUGGCUCCAACUACGACCAAACUGCCCGGGAGGCAAACCAACAAUUCGUUGUCGUCAGUUACCGGCCCGGUGAUCCUACCGUUCGCCGAAACUCCGCCGAAAACCACGACUGGUGGAAGUUCGGGUAGCAAAAGUGGUGACUCCAAUGCCGGUACUGGCGGCGGUGCAACCGGCACCAGUGGAAGGAAGAAAAAGAGCAAAGCUUCGGAAGUUUUUACGGAAACUGAAGAGGUCCUGCAGAUUGGGAUGCACAAAAUACUUGAGUACAUAAAAAAUCACGAUGACGCGUGGCCCUUCAUGGAUCCUGUUGAUGAAGACAUCGCCCCGCGUUACUAUUCUAUCAUUAGGCGGCCGAUGGACUUGCAAAAGAUGGAAGACAAGCUAGAUAAUGGUGAAUAUCUAACGUUCGGUGACUUUCGCAAUGAUUUUAAACUGAUUGUGAACAACUGUCGACUGUACAAUGGUCAGGCGAAUGAAUACACCGAAAUGGUUAACAACUUGCAAUUGGCGUUCGAAAAGGCGAAAAAGAAAUACUUUGACUCGAACUCCUCAGACGAAGAGCAAUCUCUCGAAUAUCCAAUCUUCAAGGAGAAACCAUUCGGAGGAAAAAAUAUUAAUGAGUCAUCCGGUAGCUGCACCAGUGUUAACAAUAGUAAAGCUUGCAAUGAAAACAAAGGUGAAAGUGUUCACAAAAAGAGUAACGAUGUAAAGAAGAGCAGUGCAAAAGAUUCUAAAGUUGACAAGAAAGAAGGAAAAGUAAAACAUGUCAACAAAAAAGAAAGACAUGAAACAAGCGAAAGUGCAGAGAAAAGCAAAUCUCACAGCAGUGGCGCAUCUGGUAGUGCUAAAAAGGGUAAAAGCAAUGCCGAGGAAGAACCAAAAAGUGGUAAAGCAGGGACCGGUAAGGGACACAAACGGAAACGAAAGGAAAAAGAUAAAGUGGGAAAAGUAAAAAGCAAGAAGUUCAAAUCAAAUAAAAGUGACGAAGAAGAAACCGGAGAAGAAGAGAAUGAAAAUGACGAAAAAGAUAUCAAGAGUAUAGAAGAACAAUCUGAGUGUGAAAAAGAAGUUCGAUCUCCAUCACCAGUACCGCUGGAAACUAAAAAGAAGAACAGUUCCAAGGGAAAGAAAAAAGAUGCCAAGGCCAAAGAGCAAAAGAAAAAUUCUAAACCUACAAAAGAAGAUGAGGAAUCAGCCAACCAUGACGUGGGUAAAAAAGUGCGUAAAAAAUCUCAAAUGCGUUCGCGAUCGGUGUCCAGAUCCGGAUCCAAAUCAAGGUCGGCAACUCCAAUGUCAAGGUCCCCUAGCCCAGCACCAGCUUCAACGCCGAAAAAAGCUGAGAAACAGAAGGAAUUAACGAAACAAAAACAUGGUAGAAAGGGGCGUAAAGCGGAAAAAGCUGUAAUUGAACCAAAACCUUCCAAACAAAUGGACAGUUCCUUAAGCUCUGGAACACCUUCUCCGACUAAACCUCGUGGCAAGAAAAAAGCGCAGGAAAAGAAAAUAGAGCCGCUGAGCGAUGAGGAAAACAUUGAGGAUGUUCAAAUGGAAGAGGAGGAUGGCAAAGAAACAGACCUCAGCACUUUCGCGGAUAUUGAUGAAAUACGGAUCAAAAACGAUAGCAAGGGAUAUGCUUCCGAGGAUAGCAUCGAUGAACUUCCAGUUACUGAAAGCAGUAAAAAGAGCAAGAAGCACAAGAAAAACAACCAGAAAGCAGCCAAAACAAAGACAAAAAGCAAAAGUGAAGAAAAACCUAAGAAAAUCAAAUCAAAAGCCAAGAGUGGAAAGAGCAAAAAAUCUAAAAACAAAAGUUUUGAUACAACCUCAGUAGUCUCAUCUAGCAAUGAGGAGGAGGUCAUAGAAGAAAUCCCGAAGGUAAAUAAAAACGUGGAUCCUGUGGACAAAGAAAUCAAAAGUGCCUCAAAGAAACAACCAAAAGAUUUCUCCAAAUACACGACGCUUCCUAGAGAUAGAAGCUUUUCUCGGUCUCCCAGUCCAUUGCCUUCAAUCAGAGAUGGAUAUUCAUCAAUGUCGGAUCACUCUAUGGAGUUUGACCAAGAUCUUGAUGAUACUGACAAAGGAAAAUCUGAUCCCGCAAGGCCAUUGACGCCGGACAUCAGAGACAAAUAUGACCUCAUCAAAGAGCGUCGACGUAAUCAGCAGAAAGCAGCACCUCAAACUUCCACUUCGACGUCAGUGACGCAAGAAAAACCCACAAAGCAAAAAGCUAAACCUCAGGAAAUCAGUCGAAAGAAGCAAAAAUCUAAUCAAACACAAAAUACCAGUUCAAGUGCCUCAACAACCCCCAGCAAGCAGCAAAAGGGUACAGAGGAAAGUGAAAAACCUGCAAAAACCAAAGAAACAGGUAAGAACAAACGAAAGCGGGACCAGCCUAGUGAAUGUAUUGAUGACUCUCCGAUUUUAGAGGACGUUAAAGCACCAAUAGAGCCACUUCCCGUAGUAGAGAAACCCAGACUCUCCUACAUGGAUGACAAAACGGACAAACGAGAAUCUGAAAGGAAAAUUGAUCCUUGCGAUGAGUAUGAUUUCAUCGACGAUUCACCGACUGAAAUUCCUACACUCAAAGUGGCGACUCCUGUAGCGUCCCCAGUGGAGAAGAUAUCAAAGCCUCCGAAGGUUAAGACGGAUCCAUGUAAAAAGCAAACACAGAAAUCUAGUAAAAGUUCUCAAAACAACACUACUGUAAAACCAAACCCUAUCACAGCAAGCAAACCGCCUAAAGCUUCUGGUGCAAACAUGGAAGCUCUGGAGCUAGAAACUGAGCAAACUCUAAAGGACAUCAACAAGUGGUUAGAAAAUACGCCACGAUUUUCUGAAUACAGUUCUGCGAGUAACUCACCUUCUAGAUACAUUAUGGAUGAUCUCGAUGCUGUGACUGCCAAGAUUGAUGCUGCGGAUUUCAGAAAACCCAUGCCACUUUCCCAGCUGCCUGAGGAAGAACCGGACGGCACUCAUAUUAUCCCGAUAACACCGUCGGUAGUUUCGUCGUCUUUGAACACAAUGCCUGCGUCAAUUCCUUCACUACCUAUGUCUCCAAAACCGAUGAUUCCGGCUUCUACUUCAUUGCCAAAAGAAGCUUCUAAAACAAAGAACUCCAAGGAGAUAUCGUAUGAUACAAAUCCCCUUAAGGAAUCUAUCAACAACGUCAACAUAUCCGCUGCUACCGCUCCCGUAAUAAAACCCCAUCCUCUACAACCGGCAGUGGUUAACACAACUGUAGUUCCAGUAUCUGCGAUAACACCGCCAGACCGUCCUCAUCUUGGUCCGCCACCGAUUAUUCCGCCUCACUCACAAAAGAAAGAACCGAAGGAACCCAAACGUAAGUCAUUGAAAGAAAAACUAAGCCAGUUGGGUUCUCGCAAGCGGGAAACAGUGCAUCGUACAAUUGAUCGAUUGCAGCCAGGAAAAUCGAAAGGAAAUUUACUUACUUCCAUGCAGAAUCUCAACAAACCAGAAGAGCUUUUUCCGUUGGGUGGCUCGACAAACAAACUGAAAGAGGUUAAAAAUUCACUCAUUGUCAAGACGGAUGAAUCAAAGCCAAAAUUGAGCUUGGGUACAGUUUUGAAUACUGAAGGUUUCGGCUUGGGACAACAGCACAACUUUGCUGAUGAAAAGAAGGAAAAUGUAGCAGAUGUGGUAGACAACAAGGUGGAUAAAAAGGAAGACGAGAGCGAAAAACUGUUGAACAACUCGAAGGGUGAGAGUGCUAAUGUAACUAGUCUGCUUAUUCACGACGAUAUCAAAGCGGCCAAAGCUGAGCUUGCCAAGACAGACCCAAGUAAAGUGGUGGAAUCACCUGAAAAGGUCAUCAAAGCUGUGACGAAAUCGGACAAACCUUCGGCAACCCCGAAUUUGAGCGCUUGGUUCAAAGCGUUUGGAGCACCUAAGAAACCAAAGAAGUCAGAGGAGGGAGAUGAAAACGCCAGUAAAAAUUCCCCGUCUGAGAGUGGGAAGGGUAGUGAAUAUGCAUCUCCAUCAGAAUCUGGAUUGAAUGUACCGUUGGUGCCAAGUUUGGAAAGCCCAAGUUAUCCUUCAUUACCUGCGCCCAGGCAGAGAAAGGCCAGUACUGGCAGUACGGUGUCGGAGAGAUCUUCGUUUAGUCAAGAUCCGGAUAGUCCAAGAAUUGGGAUAGAUGAGCGAAUAGGAGUUUACCCGGCGCCUUAUCCCAGUCCGAUGGGAGCAUCGCCUAUUAUGACGUCACCUAAACUGGACGAAACACAAAAAAGUCCUUAUCCAUUGAAUGGUGCUAUCAAGGUUGGAUUCUAUCAAGACACAACCACAAAGAGUAGUCCUGAGAAAAGUUGUAGUCCAAGAGAUUUACCAUCACCUUACCCACAAUACUCUCAACAUUUGUAUAGUUCUAAUACGGGAAUGACGGGAAAUAAUCUCUACGGCAAUUACUCGUACAGUGCAAAUGCUAAUCCUAGUACUAGCAAUACUAAUGUAGAAAACUUUAAAAGUUUUGACCAGUACAAACAACCUGCUUCCCAGGAGUCGGAUUACAAUUCAUCAAUGAGUCCCAGUACAAAUCCAAAUUCUCCUUACCACAAUCAACAGUCCUCGCCUUACCAGCAACAACCUAAUUCACCUUAUCAGCAGCAGCAGCAACAACCAAAUCAGAAUUACAAUCAGCAGCAGCAACCGAUAGCUUCUCCUGCAUCUUCAGGGCCACUGUCUCCAUACAGCAACAAUUCAAUAGCACCUCAAUCUUCAGUACAACAAAGCCCGGCUCAAUCCGUCAGCAGUCAGUCGCCUUUUCAUCCAUCGCCGUCAUCGCCUUACCAAACACCUCAACACCAAUCGCAAAGCCAGCCAUCACAAGUGCAGAAAUCCAAUCAACAACAGCAACAACCACCUCAACCACAGCAGCAUACAUCGAAACCAAAUACUCCCAUUCACCAAAGCCCGAAUUCGCCUUUCUCACAGUCAAACCACAGUUCGCCGUAUUCCCAGCAAGAUCCAAAUUCACCAUACUCCCAAGGGCAGUUGUCUCCCUUUCAACCGAUGUCUCCGAAACCACCGCAAUCAAGUCUUCCAGCUAUUCCACAAGGUACUACCAACAAUAGUUUGAAGCUAGCACCUCCCAUCAUAACUCCCCAGCAAGCCGCGGCAGCUGCAGGAGUUGUUCUUCCAGAAUCGCCCGUAAAUAGUCUAUCCCAACAACCAAUGCAAACGUCACCGCAGCAGCAGCAGCAGCAACAACCAAUUCAAAAUACAGGAUCUCAGCUGCCAAUUCAGCAGCAACAACCGCAACUUCCACCACAACUGAAUACUCAAACACAGUGGAAUCAGCAGCAAAACUACAACCAGUACGGUACACCACCCGACAACUCGAUGGGCAUGAACUCAAGUGUCCCUGCUCCUGCUCAUAUGCAUCACCAUCAGCAGCAACCGCAAGCGCAGCAGCAUCAACAGCAACAGAAGCCUCAACCAGCACAUCACAAUGUUCAGCAUUUGCAACCGCAGUUACCCACUCAACAACAGCAGCAACAACAACAACCACAGCAACACCAUCAAACACCACCAUCCUGCCAACAGCAAACUCAACAACAGCUACAAACCCCCAGUUUAAGUAAUUUAACACCCGCUCAUUCUCAAUCUAAUCAACAACAACAUCAGCAGCAGCAACAACAGCACCAUAGUCAUUUGAGUAACCUACUUAGUAACAAUCCUUACACAUCCAGUUACGGUAGGCAAGCGUAUGACCAUAUUGGCCAGAGUUCACAUGUUGGACAAGAUGUUGGCAAAAAUUCGGCAACCAAGGUACCUGAACUGAUUAAUUUAGGCUACAACAGUGGCAGUAACGAAAGCGCGGCAAGCAGUAAUAAAAAUCCACCUCAGCAGCAACAGCAAGAUAUUCCUAUGAACAUGGGAAGUAAGGCAGUUACUGCUGAAGUGCCCAAGGAUAAAGAGCUUGCCAAGCAGCAGCAAAUGUUUGAGCUCAUGGGAGCAAUGAGUUAUGGAAGUCCGAUGGACAUCUCGAUUUCUAAAUCCAAGGCUUUUGAUAUGUUCAAUCGUGCGGCUACUAUGAGCUUUCCACGUGGAUUCCCUGGUACCAGCAGUAAUAGCGGUAGUAGUGCAACCAGCGGAAGUCAAACGCAACACCAAGACCUUACAAAGAUGGGAUAUACUGGAAGCGCAAGUGGAUAUGAUCAGUUGCAAACGAAUUCAAAUAAGGCUCAUGACAUGAGUGGUGCAAAUGCUUACAAUAUGCAACAACCGCAGCAACCGAAAAGCAGUACAAGCGAUUUGGUUGCAGGAAGUAACAUUCGUGGGAACGUUUCAUCUGGAACUUACGAACAAAGACCCACAAGUAAUGCUCCUCAACAGCAGCAGGGUAAUAUGGAUCUUAGCUCUGGAUACAAAUCAUUCAGUGGAUCUACAACUUCAUCGUUGAUAGACCCUGCAUUGAGGAAUCUGGCUUCCCUUUCGUCGUUGUAUCAAUCUGAUGGAUCUUCCGGAUUUUACGACAAAAACAUGCCGCCAGCUGCUCACAUGUUUGGUAAAAAUCUACCAAAUCAUCCAUCGGGCGCUUCUUCAACAGCAGUUUCCACAACAUCAACUCUUCAGCAAAUGUUCAACUCAUCGAUGGCCUACAGUGCGACUCGGGAUCAAUCAAGUACAUAUGGAACCAAUUACCACCAAAGGAAUGACAUGCUGAACCAAGGACAAAAGGUGCCAUUGAAUAUUCCCACGGUAUCCAACACGCCGGCUCAAGUGGAACCAACGAAACCCAAAAGAAGUCGAAAAAAGAAGGACACACAAGAGGUAAUGCAACAACAGAUGCAACAGCAACAACAAGCACAUCAGCAUCAACAGCCACAACCUAAUGCGGCCCAUCAAGGAUUCCAAGCGUAUCCUGGCCUCAAGAACAGCCAAUCGUCAAACUCGUCUAGUAGUCAGUCGAACUCGACUUCAAAUGCCCCUGGUAAUGUUGGAUCCAACACCACCGGAAACUCUGAGCCAUCUGCAAUUUCACUGAAAACAGCUGUUCCAGGUAGCGCCUUCAAUUUUGGAACUGGGCCUACAGGGCUUGGUCUGCCAUCUAGCCUGUAUGGUGAAAAUUCUUCAUACCUGGAUGAGUUCCGCAAUAAUCCGAACCCUUACCCCUACCUUACAUCUAGUCACCGAGGAUCGUCCUCUUCAGGAGCAGCGUCAACGGAUGCGACCGAUAAAUCACAUAACUCAUCGGCAUCCACUGCCUCUGCUGUAGCUGCAGUUGCAGCAGCAGCUGCAGCUGCCCACCAACCCCCACCAGCAGCCUCUCCGUACCAUCAGUUCCUUUCGCAUCCCUCGUCUCGUGCACCAUAUCAAUUUAUGAAUCAGUUAGAUCCUCUGCAUCAGCAAUAUAUACGACAAGAAGAGCUUCGUGCCCAAAUGAUGUUGAAUCAAAGCCUUGGGCUAGGUGCUCCAGGUGCUCAUGGACCACCUCCAGGGGCGUAUGGCCAACCUGGCGCCUAUCAUCACGCCCUUGGAAUGCAUAAGCCUUAUGAUGCAAUGAAUUCGAUGAAUCGACCACCCUGGCUAUAACAGCAGCAGGAUGUCGCCGACCAUCAUGCGGAUUCAGACCGACAGAAGGCAGGUGACAUACCGGAAAUUUCAGAACGACAGUCUGCCAUUGUUAAUUGCAGUAACGCCGCUGGAAGCGAUGACCAUAACGCCAACGCUACAAGCGUUAUCUCCUCGGCUAAUGCAAGAAACGAUACGAUGGCCUGGGGAGCUCGCAGAAACCACAACGAUUUCCAGUAAAUAUGGAAUGGUUUCGAAAAGCUCUUUCAUCAUAAUCCUUAAAGUAAACAUACAUGUGAAAAUGAUGUGUUACGUUGUUUUGACAACAGUGAUUUUAUUUUUUAGAAAAGUUUUGUUUUACUGAAAAUAGAUAUAUUUCCGACGAAACCAAGAUAUUUGCAAUUAGAUAACGCCAAGAGGAAAAAGUUUUUAAUUUGUAUUCCAUUGAUGGAACAUAGAGACCACACUAGCGACGACCGAAUAUGUACUAGUUUAGAGUACCUAAUUUGUGAAGAUCCCUAAAGACUCGAUUCGGAGAAGUUUCAAUAUGUUUCGUUUUAAUCGAAGUAAAGAUUUUUUUUGCGUUAUGAUAGUACUAAAAUUUUGUUUUGUGUAUCAUCAGCCAUACUAUAAUCGAAAGCAGUAAAUUAUGUGUGCAAUAUCAAGAGCUAAUUCGAAGCCGUGCGCUGUUUGCAUUUCUCAUUAUAUAAAAA